AUGCCGUCGCAUAAGACGUUCAUAAUCAAGAAGAAGCUUGGGAAGAAGAUGAGACAGAACAGGCCAAUCCCUAAUUGGAUCCGUCUCCGUACCGAUAACAAGAUCAGGUACAAUGCUAAGCGUAGGCAUUGGCGCCGUACCAAGCUAGGGUUCUAG